AUGGAAUUAAUGUGCAUACCGGAAGAUGCUGAAAUACGUAAAGUUUUGAAGGAUAUGAAAUCAUGGAAGGCACCUGGUCCGGAUGGUUUUCUGCCAGGUUUUUAUAAAACACAUUGGGAGGUUAUUGGUACCGAUGUAAUAGAGAUGGUGAAGCAGUUCUUUCGUACGGGAUUUAUACUCAAGAGUUUAAAUGCUACAAAUGUCUCCCUUAUUACAAAAACUAAGAACAAGCAAUUUCCUUCAGACUUAUGCCCUAUUGCUCUUUACAACACUUCGUACAAGAUUAUUUCAAAGAUUCUAGUAUCUAGAAUGAAGAAGAUAAUGAGAAAAAUCAUAUCUCCACUUCAGGCUUCCUAUGUAUCAGGGAGACAAAUUUCCGACAACAUACACCUUGCUCAAGAUAUUGUUCACACAAUGAAUAAUAUAAAAUAA